AUGGGUAUCUUUUCAAAGCCAGCAACGGCCACCGCCGUCUUUGACCCGGUCGCCUUCAAGGCCGUGCUGCUCAAAAUCGUCAAGGCAUACUCCAACAACAAAUCUACCGUCAAGCGUUCUAUCUGGGUUACCCUCUUGGCAACUAUUGCCCUCCGUAUCCAUUCCAUGGCCACUUCUAAACCCAAGAAGGAGGCCAAGAAGACUGGCUUGACUAAAGGAGAUGGCAAAGCUGCCAAAGUUGCCGUCGAUCGGGUCUUUUUCGAGAGAUUCAUGCGCAUCUUGCGUCUGGUCAUCCCUGGAUGGCGCUCAAAGGAGUUCUGGCUCCUCGCUGUUCACACUGGUUUCCUAGUCUUCAGAACUAUGCUGUCCGUUUACAUUGCUUCCCUCGACGGAAGAAUCGUCAGUGCCCUCGUCCGUGGUCAGGCCAAGGAGUUCAUGGUCGGAUUGCUUUGGUGGAUGACCGUCGCCGUCCCCGCCACCUACACCAACUCUAUGUUGACCUACAUGCAGAGCAAGCUCGCUAUCCAGUUCCGCACCCGUCUUACCAACCAUAUCCACGAGCAAUACCUUACCGACAUGACCUUCUACGCCAUCGGUAACUUGGAUGACCGUAUCAAGAACGCCGACCAGUGCAUCACGGUGGAUGUGAACAAAUUCUGUACGUCGUUGUCAGAGCUCUACUCAAACUUGGCAAAGCCCAUCCUGGAUGUCAUUAUCUACAACGUCCAGCUCUCCAAGAGCGUCGGAGGAGAGGGUCUCUUUGGUGUAUCAGCACUGCUCCACGUCUCGGCGCUGGUUCUCCGCGCCUUGACACCCCCCUUCGGAAAGAUGGUUGCAGAGGAGCAGCGUUUGGAGGGCGAGUUCCGUUUCACACACUCGCGUGUCAUUGAGAAUGCCGAGGAGAUUGCCUUGUUCGGAGGCCACGAUAUCGAGAAGGCGAUCCUCGACAAGAACUACUUUGCGCUCAUCAAGCACGUCAACCGUAUCUUCCGCAUGCGCGUCUGGCACGGAAUGCUCGAGGAUUUCAUCAUCAAGUACUUCUGGGGUGCCAUGGGACUCGUCAUCUGCUCGAUCCCUGUCUUCUUCAAGAUGCCCGGACAGAGUGGAGGUUCUGAUAUCGGAGGUCGUACCGAGGGUUUCGUCACCAACAGACGUAUGUUGCUCAGUUCUUCGGAUGCCUUUGGUCGUAUCAUGUACUCGUACAAGGAGGUCACCGAGUUGGCUGGUUACACUGCUCGUGUCUCUGAGCUCUUGGAUGUCUUUGAUGAUGUCAAGGCCGGUCGCUUCGAGAAGCGUCUUGUCUCGUCGGCUUCGACCGAGGAGAACGCCAAGGUCCUCUCUGGACGCGGAGAUGUUGUUGAGGAUGAUACCAUCGAAUUCUUGGAUGUGCCAAUUGUCUCGCCCAACGGAGAUGUUCUUUUGAAGAAGUUGAGCUUCUAUGUCAAGCCCGGCAUGCACUUGUUGAUCGUUGGACCCAACGGAUGCGGAAAGUCGAGUUUGUUCCGUAUCCUCGGUGGCCUCUGGCCCGUCUAUGGCGGUACCGUCCAUCGCCCCAACCCCAAGAACAUCUUCUAUAUCCCCCAGCGCCCCUAUCUCUCUCUCGGCACGCUCCGCGACCAGAUCAUUUACCCCGACACGGUGGAGGACAUGAAGGCCAACGGUUACACAGAUCAAGACCUCCAAGAAAUCCUCGAGGUCGUCCAACUGAACAACAUUGUCGAGCGUGAGGGUGGUUGGGACCGCGAGCGCGAGUGGCGUGAUGCCCUGUCGGGAGGUGAUAAGCAGAGAAUUGCCAUGGCCCGUCUUUACUACCACCGCCCACGCUACGCCAUCUUGGACGAGUGCACCAGUGCGGUUUCGAUGGAGGUUGAGAAGAUCAUGUACACCCAUUGCAUGAAGCUCGGUAUCUCGCUCUUGACCGUCUCCCAUCGUCCUUCGCUUUGGCAGUACCAUAACUAUAUCUUGCAGUAUGACGGUCAGGGAGGUUAUGUCUUCACCAAGCUCGAUGCUGAGCGUCGUUUGGCCCUGCAGGAGGAACGUCAGGUCUUGGAGCAAAAGUUGGCCGAGAUCCCCAAGAUUGAGCAGCGUCUUGCUGAUCUGCGUAACCUCAUGAAGGAGCGUGAUAAUGGCAAGGGUGAGGAGAAGGUUGAAGCAUAG